AUGGAUUUGUCUACACUUUCAGAUACGUCGGGGACGGAUACUUUGGGUUUGCGCAUCUCUUCCUUGAUCUUGUCGCUUGGCGUCUUGCAGAGCUCAGUCUCGACCACCCCGAUGAAUCCCAUCGACAUGACCUGGGAGCAUGAAGGCGAGACACUCGGAAAACCUUCAGGUAUAUGUUCUCGCACAUUCGCCAAAGGACCUCCAUCCAAUCUUGGUGACGCCAUACCUGCCAAGUUGGGCAAGCAUCCCCGACGCACCAAAGUAACGAUGAACGGUUCUGCAGCGUGGCGCUCGCCGCGUCUGCUCGGGAGCCUCUAG